AUGAGCCACCAACGUCAACCACAUUAUCAUUCUUCUGCGAGACAAAACAAUUAUCCUGCUCAAAGGGGACCACCUCCGUACAGCCAUGGCACAUCGCUUCCUCCACCGAGUGUUAGUGGGAAUCCCCAGGGCAAUGCAGGAUUUUCUUUGCCUAAUUUCAAUAUUCCUCCACCGAACUUCGUUAAUGCGGGAAGAAACCCACCACCACCAGCUCCAUACUAUCGCGAUAGAGCAGGGAACAGUACAGGUUCCGGUCAGUACCACCAAUCAAUAAAUAACCCACCAUAUAAACACCAUGGAUACUCGGGAGGUGGCUCAAACUAUUCGUCCGGGAGACGCUACGGAGAAUCACCUCAUGCAAGUUCUGGUAGCGCCGGAAACAGUGGGUAUGUUCAUCCUUCGUCAUCUCACAGGCCCUCCUCCUCGUAUGCUCGACAAUCUGCUUCGAAGCACCAUUCCAUGGGCAGCGGAAGGUCACACUCAGUCCCCGCAAAUGUCGAUCGCUCUAGUCGAUCCAGACUAGAUCGUUCAUCGUCGUGCAGACGAGAGUCGGAAGAUCACGGUUCUUCUUCCGGGGAACGGAGGAGUACUCGUCAUUCUCGGUUCAAAGUGGACACUGAACGUGCGGAAAUCCUGUCCAAAUGGUGCCGUAACUAUUGUGAAACAUCCGAGGACAUUGCCCGCAAGCUCGUCGAGAUGGCGAACGAUGAAGAUCGUACGCUCUGGGUACGCUCAUCGCCGGCGGAACUAUACUACAAACGCGUCUCGGAUCGGGUCGUCCAAUCGACGGGACGCCUGGAUGCCCUUUGCACCCUGUUCGACGAGGAGCUCAUACGGCGGGCCGAACGGAUCCGUGCCACGCAACCGCCGUACAAUCCGCCGCCGCGUAAACGUAAGAUGAAAAUGUGCCGCCACAAGCACGACAAAUGUUCGUCCUCAUCCGAGUCUUCCGACGAUGAGAUUGAGUUCGAGGAUGAGUGUAGCAUGGAGGAGUUGACGGCAAAGAUAAAGCAUCCACUACGCCUGCACGUGGACCUCUGGUACAACGAUCCGGGUGAAAUGAACGAUGGCCCACUGUGUCGCUGUUCGGCGCGGUCCAGGCGGACGGGUAUACGGCAUGGAAAGUACCCGGGCGAAGAGGGAUUCCCUAAAUGUGCACCCAACUCAAACAACGCGGACAAGUUGCACCAUUAUCGCAUCACUAUUUCUCCCCCGACGAAUUUUCUUACGAAAACGCCCACCAUCAUCAAGCACGAUCAGCACGAGUUCCUGUUCGAAGGAUUCUCUCUGUUGGCACACGAACCGAUCGAUGAGUUGCCAACAUGCAAGGUGAUUCGCUUCAACAUCGAGUACACCAUCCUCUACAUUGAGGAGAAAAUGCCGGAAAACUUCACCAUCCGCGAGCUGGACCUGUUCGAUCGUUAUCUCUUCCGGGAGCUGCUCGAACUGGUUGACUUUACCGUGCAACCGUCCGGCUCGACGGAGGACAACUCCUGCCCGUGCUAUCACUUCUUGCCUCGCUUCGUCCGUGAUUUGCCGGACAAUGGCAAGGAGGUGCUUGCGAUGAGCGAAGUGUUGCGCUACCUGCUGGACAAUUCGGGCCCGUUGGUGCCGCCCGAUAUGCUCAAGGAAAUGAUGGACAUGAGCCAGAACGAGUGGCAGGACUACGUGGACUACGUGAAGGGCAUGGUGGUGACGAAUCCGGGCAUGAAACCGUGCUCGGUCAGGGUGGACCAGCUCGAUCGGAACGUAGGUGACGUACCGGAAGCGACGGCAGUGGACGAAAACGGCCUGAUGCACCCGGUGAUCGUCCAUUUCGGCAUCAGGCCACCGCAGCUGAGCUACGCCGGCAAUCCCGAGUACCAAAAGGCCUGGAGGGAGUACAUCAAGUUUCGCCACCUGGUUGCCAACAUGUCCAAGCCAUCGUUCGAGGACAAGCGCAAGCUGGAGGCGAAGGAAAAUCGUCUGCUAGAAAUGCGCAUGCAGGGACGCAUGAAGCGCAACAUUACGAUCGCGGUCAGUGCGAAGGCGUUCCACCGGACGGGCAUAAUGUGCGAUAUGGUGCAGCACGCGAUGCUGAUUCCAGUUCUCACCGGCCAUCUGCGCUUUCACCGAGCGCUGAACGUGCUCGAGAAGUACAUCGGGUACACGUUCACCAACCGUUACACGCUCCAGCUGGCCCUCACACACCCAUCGUACAAGGAAAACUUUGGCACGAAUCCCGACCACGCACGGAACAGCCUGACAAAUUGUGGCAUCCGACAACCCGAGUACGGCGAUCGGAAGAUACACUACAUGAACACCCGUAAGCGAGGCAUCAACACGCUUAUCAGCAUAAUGUCGCGGUUCGGGAAGGAGAAUGAAACGGACAGUAAUAUUACACACAACGAGCGGCUAGAGUUUCUUGGUGAUGCCGUGGUGGAGUUUAUCACCUCCAUCCAUCUGUUCCAUAUGUUUCCGGACCUGGAGGAGGGUGGUCUCGCGACGUACCGAGCCGCGAUCGUACAGAACCAACAUUUGGCCGUGCUGGCAAAGAAGCUUCACCUGGAGGAAUUUAUGUUGUACGCACACGGUUCGGAUCUUUGCCACGAGCUAGAGCUACGGCAUGCGCUAGCGAACUGUUUCGAAGCCCUUAUGGGGGCGCUCCUGCUCGAUGGUGGAAUCGAGGUGGCCGACCGGGUGUUUGCGUACGCCCUCUUCCAGGAGGACGAAUCGUUGCGCGACAUCUGGGUGAACUACCCGCGCCAUCCGUUGCAGGAACAGGAACCGUUUGGCGAUCGGCAUCACAUCGAGUCCUUCGAGAUGCUCAAAACGUUGACACGCUUCGAGGAAUCGAUCGGGGUUAGCUUCAACCACAUCCGGCUGCUGGCGAGAGCGUUCACCGAUCGUUCGAUUGGAUUCACAAAUCUUACGCUCGGGUCCAACCAGCGGCUCGAGUUCCUGGGCGACACGGUGUUGCAGUUGAUCUGCUCGGAGUACCUGUACCGGCACUUUCCGGAGCACCACGAGGGCCAUCUGUCGCUGCUGCGCAGCUCGCUGGUAAACAAUCGCACCCAGGCGGUCGUUUGUGACGAUCUCGGCAUGACGCAGUACGCGGUCUACUCGAACCCGAAGGCGGACCUGAAAACCAAGGAUCGGGCCGAUUUGCUGGAGGCCUUUCUCGGUGCGCUCUACGUCGACAAGAAGCUGGAGUACUGCGAAACGUUCUGCCACGUGUGUCUGUUUCCGCGGCUGCAAGACUUCAUCAUGAACCAGGACUGGAACGAUCCGAAGUCGAAGCUGCAGCAGUGCUGCCUAACGCUGCGCACAAUGGAUGGCGGCGAACCGGACAUACCGGUAUACAAGGUGAUCGAGUGUACCGGGCCAACCAAUACGCGCGUCUACUCGGUCGCGGUGUACUUCCGCGGGAAGCGGCUCGCUUGUGCCGACGGGCAUAGCAUCCAGCAGGCGGAAAUGAAUGCGGCAAAGCAGGCGCUGGAAAACUCCAAGGAUCUGUUUCCGCAGCUCGAUCACCAGAAGCGCGUGAUUGCGCAAAGUUUGAAGCGGCAGAAGGUUCCCCGAUCGGCAGCGGGGCUUCGCAUGGGCGCAUCAUCUACAGGAGGGGGAGCGGGUGAUGGAAUGGAACCGAUGGAAGAUGAUGACGAUGAGCAACAGGGAGAUAGAAAGCUUGACUCACCCAGCAACGGCAACCGACAAGAUGAGGAGCAUCGUUCCGAUCCGGCAGAGGAGGCUGCGAAAAGGCAACGCGAACGUAAGAACGCUUCGGUGUUUCUGCCCGAGUCGGCCCGCCUGCCAAAGCAGUAUCAAAUGAAUCGCAGCUCGAGAUCCAGCAAGAGCAGCGUCGGAAGCGGUUCCAGUAGCGACGCUUCGCAUUCCAGCGAUGAGGGUAGUGUUUCUCUGCGUAAAAGAAAACGUAAUCGACACGGUUCGUUCGGCAGUAGUAUCAAUAGUGAAGAAGAGGACGUAAAACUUGAUAAACCCACUGAUAAUACUUCUCUUGAGGAUAUUAAACCGAGUCCGCUCAAGGAACGUAAGAGUCCAACGGAACAACUCGAACCCCCCACUGCAGACCGAAAGGUAGAAACGGGACCAACCGGGUUCGAAUACAGUUCCUUAUCCGAGGAUGACGACCUUGGGCUGGAAGAUAUUUCCGAUUCAGACGAGCACUUCGGAAAAUCAUGUUCACCGGACGCGAUCGACACGCACGAUAUUAAACAGGAAGAAUUGGAGGACAGCCUAGAGAACGCGUCCGUUGAUCAGACGGUUUCCGUUGAUGUUGAGGCUCCAGUAGAGGCACAAACAGACAAACAUGCUGCAAAUGAAGAGAUUAAAGUAAACACCGUCAAGCUGGAGGAAGCGGACGAUGUGUCGUCGGAAUCCGUCUCAAUUAAAUUGGAAGGUGUCGAUGACAUAUCAUCCGAUUUGGAGGCAGGCGAGAUCGAUUAAACUAUCAAACAAUUCCUACACAUUUACUCAAUUUAGUGUUUAUCGCUAUUACGUAAAAUACUCUAUGCUUAAA